AUGGAGUCCAAAACCAUUGAGAUGGCAGCUCUAGGAAGGGCUCUGCAUCCUGGCACGCUGUAUGACUGCCGCAGUGAUUCCUUAAUUCCAGGUAUUUCUCUAUGGGAUACUGAAACAAUAAAGAAGGGUUUGGAUUCACGUCGGCAGCCCAAGACGGAUCUGAAUUUCACUGCUUCUGACUCUCUCAAUGAGAAAGCAAAACUCCUAGAAGUGAGCGCCUCCCUUAAAGCUAGCUUCCUGGGUGGUUUAGUUGAAGUUGGAGGGUCGGCCAAGUACAUGCGUGAUAACAAAUCCUCCGCACGUCAGAGCCGGGUUUCUCUGCAGUACAGCCAGACAACAAAAUUUGAACAACUUACUAUGGACCAGAUGGGCAAUAUCACCUAUCCUGAAGUGUUUGAGGAAGGAACUGCCACACAUGUUGUUACUGCUGUACUGUAUGGAGCUCAGGCUUUCAUGGUGUUCGAUCUAACAGCCAAUGAGAAUGAGGAUAAAGAAGAAAUCGAGGGAAACCUAAAUGUAAUGGUCCAAAAGAUACCUUCACUUUCCAUUGAGGGAGAAGGAGCUCUAACCAUGAGCGAAACAGAAAGGAAAUUAGCUGACGCUAUUAACUGCACAUUUUAUGGUGAUUAUGAACUUGAGCAGAACCCCACCACAUACAUGGAGGCCCUGCAACUGUACAGGAAGCUUCCAUCUCUUCUGAGGGAGAGGGAGAAUGAUGCAGUACCAGUGAAGGUUUGGCUUUAUCCCCUUGCACGACUGGGUGAAAAAGCAGCUACACUGAAGAGGGAAAUUCAUAAAACACUUAUUUCUAAAACAGAUAUUUUAUUGGAGGAACUGGGAAAUGCAGAGGCUCAAUGCAAUGACCUGAUUACAAACACAACAAUAAAUGAUUUCCAGUAUGUGAAACUAAGGCUGAAGACAUUUCAGGAAUUGCUGGAUGUCUACAAGGCAUUGUUCCUAAAAGCGUUGCGUAGGCUCAUUCCUGCUAUACGGGGUGGAAAGGAGAAGGAGCAGGCACUAGCAGACAUUAUAACCAUCCAUCAGAAGUCUCCCUUUAGAGCUGAGAAGCUGAAUCAGUGGCUUGAAUACCGUCAGGGUGAAACAAAUCUGCUGAAUCUCUAUACCCAGCAACUGGCUGGUGUCCCUGUUGUGAAAUACUCAGCCCUGUUGAGCAACAUUCUCUUUAAUCCCAAUGUUGAUACCGUGGUGUGCUUCUGCUUUACCUCUCUGACAGAUGAAGACCCAUAUUUGUCAAUUUUAACUAAAUUUCUGAAAGUGGAGCAGUUUGAAAAAAUGUCAGCAAUUCCAGAGUCAGCUGACCAAGACAUCAAGGUAUGGUUCCACAAACCUGAAGUAAUUGAGAAGAUGAAAGAUAACUUUUUUCUCUUCAAAGGUUUUUUCCAGGCAAAUAAAGAUGAGACAAAAUCCAGGUUUGUCAUUGUGUCAGUCUCUGACCCCUCCAACCCUGGAAUCUCCAUCCGUCUUUACAAAAAAGGGAAAAUUGUGGAGAGUGCGUUUCAACCCGUGUCCAAACCACCUGCACCCAAGGUGAACAUUCAGGACAGAAAUAUAAUCCUGAAGCUGCAGAAGUCCCCAACUGGAUCGACAGUGCGGUUCAGAGUGGAAUACAGGAUAGUACAGGCCACUGAUUCAGAAACUGAUGUGGAAAAAUGGGACGUUACAGAGACUCCAGAUGCUCAGGAGAACUUCACACUGACUGGACUACAGCUAACAAAGCAAUACAGGAUUCGGUACAGAGCUAUUAGUGAAGUUGGAGUGAGUGAAGCCAGCGACUCUGUCCUCUUCUCUGCUCAUGGAAAAUAUAAGUUAUCUUUGAGCCAGAAUUGGAAUUGGACACCUUCUUCUUUCAUUACUGAGCUAAGGCUCAAAGUGAUGAGCAGCUUGGGCACAUCAAGGUGGAGUCCCUCAACCAUUAAGCCAGUGGUUAAAAAUCUAGCCAGCAACAUUGAAAUUCCAUAUGAGGUUGGAAUCUCUAAAGGGAUGAGAACGGGAAUAGCUUUUCACUUCCAGGGGGUUGUUCCUGCAGAUUCAGACUUCUUUGUCUUUAUGUUCAAGACUGGGAAGGGGGAAGAUGAUGACGUUGCUUUUUACCUGAGGAUAUACCCUGAGCUGGCUUCAAACCAGAGAAUCUACAGUGAAGGAAAAUGGGACAAAAAAGGAUGGAUUGUGGGAUGUCCCUUACUCAAAGGAUCAGCAUUUGAUAUCUUCAUUGUCAUUGGAAAUGAAAGCUAUGUGGUAUAUGUAAAUGGCUGGAGAUAUAGCUCAUUUAAACACUAUAUACCAGUGGAAAGGCUGACUACGCUGAAAAUUGAUGGAGAUGUCAUUGUAAACAACAUUGGUUUAGUUUCAAACUGGAGCACAUCUGCCUUUGGUAACGAACAAAGGUCUGGUACCUCACGUUGGGAACUUUCAAAAAACCAGUCAGAUGGGGCACAACCAAUCUGCAAACCUAACCAGCCCUAUUUGGGCCAAAUUCCUGGAGGACUGAAAUAUGGACUGACUUUGUUCUUCCAGGGGGUGGUUCCUUCAGAUGCCAGCGGAUUUGAAAUAAAUUACAAGACUGGGCCAAAUGAUGGUGAUGACAUCGCUUUCCAGUUCAGGCCUGAGCUGCACACUGUGGUCUGUAACAGUUACAAGAAUGGAAAGUGGGAGGAUCAAAAAUCAAUAGAGGAGGCGCUAUUUGCUAAAGGAGAAGGCUUUGAUAUCCUCAUGAUUAUUAAACCAAAUGCGUAUGAGGUUACUGUGAAUGGCCGUGAACUCUGUAAAUUUACCCACCGUAUGCCACUGGACAAAGUGUCUACGCUUCAAAUCCGUGGAGACGUCCUCAUGAACACCUGUGCCAUUAUUCAUGUGGACAAAUUUAAUCUGACAUGUGACCUCUCUGCCCAUAUUUGAAUAUUUGAGGACCCUUUCAUCUCCAGGAGCCUUGUUCAGAUCUUUAAGACUAUUUUUUCCCCUUGUUUGUAAUGUAAUGUUUUGUUGUGCUCAAGCAUCAUAAUAGUUCCAGUUAUACUCAUAAUUUCUCCUUUUCAAAUGAAUUCCUCCGAGCUUUCACAGUUUAUCAUUGGUGGACAUUAAGGCAAUACAGAUGCUUUUCUAUAGUUUGAUUUUAAACACUACCCUGGUAACUAAUGACAGUGUGGAUUAUUUGCGUUAUCAUGAGGAUGCCUCUGCAUCAGGAAGUAGCAGAAAAUGAACUAAGGUAGGAGACAGAAAAAAGAGAAAUAAACUAAUGAUAUCUAUUCAAAAUAAUAGAUGUUUUAUCUAAAUAAAUGUGUGGUAGCUGUAGCUGAUUGAUUCAAUAUUAGAAUGACAAAGUUGAUACAUUCCCUGCUUAAGAAUUAAAUGGAUGUUUUUGAAAAUUAAUUUAGAUUUUUUUUCCCACCAUUUCAUUUAAAGCUCUGCAGUGGUGUAGUGCUCAUCAAAAUUGAAAAUAUUAGAUAAAUAUGCUUUGCAUUUAUUUCUUUAAUGAAAUGCAUUAUGUGACCAAAGGUUCAACAUUUUUAUAUUAUUAGUUGACUCUAAAAAUAUCUUGGCUGACUUUGUUUUAAUAAAAUGUGAUGAAGCCUUACAGCUUACAUGUGAAGUUUUAAUAUGAAUGUUAAGACUGAACAUUUGUAAAAUAAAAUAACCCCAUAUUAUCCAAUAAUAAAGUAAAUAAACCCAAUAGCCAAUAUUUGAUAUAUUUGACAGAUUUAAAAUAACAUUUCUGGGUCAUGCAAGGACAUGUGAAAACUCCUUGUAGAAUUCAAAUCAGGAUUUAAUAUCUAUAUAUUUUUAGCCCCACAAAAAGCAAUUCAAAGAUGAACAGUGUUUCUUGACAAUGGCAAUUAAAUCAAAUUCAUGAUUACGAACUCAAGCAAAAUUCUGUUAUUUUCUCUCAGCUUAUCAUUCAGCCUUUAUUUUAUUUUAUUUCUUUACAAUAAGAUUAAUUUAAAAUUUUAUUUUAGGCUAUUUUUU